AUGGCCUUGGCAAAACUUUUAAGGGGACACAAGAUUUUAAGGAGCCUCUCCAUCAUCUUUACUGGAAUAUUCUUUUCUCUACUCCUGUGGGAAACCAGCACCAAGAGACAGCCCUGGUCUGAUGUGAGGGAGCCACAGGAAAUCUCUCUUGAUCUUCCUGGCUGCAUGGCUAUUGUCAGCGGAGACAUUGAGGGUAAGGAGACAGACUUAUACAGACUUCUAUCAUCCAGAAAGAAAUGGACUUUAAAUGAGGGCUUCUACCUCAAUGCCACAAAGAACUGUGAGGCUUAUAUUGAAGCAAGAGGAUUUAUUACAGUUCCUCUGAGUGAAGAGGAGAGAAACUUUCCUAUCGCCUUCUCCAUGGUGAUCCAUAACCAGAUUGAGAUGUUUGAGCGUCUCCUACGGGCCAUCUACGCUCCUCAGAACAUCUACUGUGUCCACACAGACCAGAAAUCCUCAAAAGAAUUUCAAAAGGCUGUAGAAGCCAUCGUGUCAUGCUUUCCUAAUGUAUUCAUAGCAAGAAGAUUAGAGAGAGUGGUGUACGCCUCAUGGUCCAGAGUACAGGCUGAUUUGAACUGCAUGGAAGAUCUGCUACAAUCAAAUGUCCAGUGGAGGUACUUAAUGAACACCUGUGGGACAGACUUCCCUAUCAAAACCAACAGAGAGAUGGUCCAAGCACUGAAGAUGCUUAAUGGGAGAAACAGCAUGGAGACUGAGACUACCAGUGAACACAAAACUGCGCGUUGGAUGUAUCAUUACAAUGUCACUGACCAUAUAAUACAAACAGAUGUGAAGAAAAGUCCCCCUCCCAUAAGCAGCCCUAUGUUCCAAGGGAACGCUUACUUUGUGGCUUCAAGAGCUUUUGUAAAACACGUGAUGCAGGACAGAGAGGUUCAGAGACUGAUUGAGUGGGAAAAAGAUACGUACAGUCCAGAUGAGCACCUUUGGGCCACCUUGCAGAGAAUGCCGUCUGUACCAGGAUCAGUGCCAGCCAACGUUAAGUAUGAUACAUCAGACUUGCUCGCCCUCGCUCGUGUGGUGAAAUGGGGAUAUCAUGAGGGAGACAUGAGGAAAGGAGCCCCGUACUAUCCUUGCAGUGGGACCUACAGAAGAGCAAUAUGUGUGUACGGAGCUGGGGACCUACAGUGGCUCCUAAAACAGCCGCAGCUCUUUGCUAAUAAGUUUGAUCCUGAGGUUGAUGAUGUGGCUAUAAGGUGUGUAGAGUCUAUUCUGCGUUUCAGAGCUUUAAGCCAUGAUUCACUGUUAACAGAACACUAUAACAGUAUCAUGUGA